UUGUUGAAAGUAGCAAGGACAGAAACUACAGAUACUGUGGGUGUGAGUAAAGUUUGAACAGUUAUGUUGGAGACUGAAACUGAAUGCAAGGAAAAGGAACAAGUAAAGUAAACUAAGCAGCAGUAACAAAGCGAGCACGCAUAGUUCAGGUAGGGCAGAAGCGGGGACUUAGCACGAACAGUUUCCGUCCUGCUCCGUGGAAAUGAGACGGACUAUGUGAAACUUAUUGGCUGUCGCCAUGGGGAACUACGCCUGCGGUUUGGGCAGUCUGGUGGAGAGAACUCCAAAACCACCUAAAAGAAGACCAAAAGAUUCCCUGGCCAGGGGGCAUAUGAAACAUGCAAAAAAGGAUAUGCCAUAUGAACUGGUGCAUACUUAUGACACAGUUGCUGACUUUCCUGUGUAUGCUACAGUGAAUAAAAAAAAAGUAGAAGAUACAGUGCAAUAUAGUGAUGUGCGUAUCCUCAGAGUUCCCCAGCGCAACACUGUACAGGUGAAGGAGCAUCGGAAGCAGAAUGAAACAGAAUAUGCAACAUUGGCCUUUCCUGCACCAGCUAUGCACUAUGACAGCAAGAAUGGCACUUUAGUAUAGAAGGCGGGUACACCAUCUUCAUGGACUAUAAAUAUUUCACAUUGAAAAUUAUUGUAACUUUAUAAAUUGUUUCUGCGCAGAUGAUUAGUGCGAACACUUGAAAGGAGUACUGCAGGGUUUUGUUUUUCUGAGUGAAUGUAAAACAUGCCAGCUUUCAGAUAUUUAAUGGCACAAAAGUGUUAACUCAGCAUCAGCACCUUAAGCUGCGAGUACUUGCCAACAUGAACGAGAGCUUCAGUAAUGGAGCCACAAGUUGAUUUUUGUUUUUUAUUUCAUUAAAAUGAUGUUGUACUACCA